AUGGACAAAGAUUGCGACAUGGUUUAUAAAAAUAUUUCUGACCUUUACAAAUCCGAAGAAUUUAAGACCUACGACAACUUUGUUUCGUUAGUUGCUGAAUGUGUAUGGCAGAUAAGAGAUAAAGAUAGAAGAGGUAAGGUAUGGAAUGAACAAAUAAAACCAGCAACUUUUGAGUUAAAGAGAGCAAUUGACGCCUUAGUUGUUCUAGCAGGUAAGGUUUCAGAAUAUAACGCAAAAAUGAACCCGCAAUGUUCUAAAUGUAAAGCAGCAAUGAGGAAAUAUAACUACUCCGUCAAAGAGAUAGAACGUAUGAGAAACGACUAUGCAGACUUAAAGAAAGAAGCAGAAAAACCAGCAGAAGAUAAAAUGGACAUGUUGACAUUUCUGAACAAAAACUAUCCAACAGCAGAAGAUUUCCUUCUAUCUGACGUCAAGAAGAAGUAUAAAGAAACUUUCGGCAUAGUUAAAACAUUCGAUAUCCUCAGCGAAGAAAUAGAAGCUACAAAACUGUUUAGAAUUUCAAAUAUACAUCGUACAAUUCAUGUAAAACGCUUGUGA